CUGAGCUUGACGCUCUCAUGGCCAUCAAAGACUCUCUUGACCCAGAAAACCGUGUGUUGAUCUCAUGGACACCCCAUUCUGACCCAUGUAGCAGUGUCUCUUUUGAGGGUGUGGCUUGCAAUGAGCAUGGUCUUGUUGCCAAUAUUUCACUGCAAGGAAAGGGUCUAUCUGGAAGGAUACCUGCAGCCUUGGCUGGUCUCAAGAGCUUAACUGCUCUCUACCUUCACUUCAACGCCCUUAGUGGAAUAUUACCAACGGAGAUUGCCAGUUUGACUGAGCUGAGUGAUUUGUAUCUCAAUGUCAAUAAUCUCUCUGGUCAUAUCCCUCCUCAGAUUGCCAAUAUGUCAAAUCUUCAAGUUUUGCAGCUUUGUUAUAACAAGUUUACUGGGAGUAUACCUACUGAACUUGGAAGGUUAAGGAAGCUCAGUGUUCUUGCACUGCAAUAUAAUCAGUUAUGUAGCGCAAUUCCUGCAAGUUUGGGUGAACUGAAGACAUUAGCGCGACUGGAUCUGAGCUUCAAUGGCCUUUUCGGUCCUAUUCCAGUGACAUUGGCUAACGCACCUAAAUUGGAGAGUUUAGAUAUUCGAAACAAUUCUCUCUCGGGUAGUGUCCCUACAGCACUAAAAAGACUGAAAGGAGGGUUCCAGUAUAUCAACAACCCUGGUUUAUGUGGUGUUGGAUUUGCUAAUUUAGAUUUUUGUAAAGCAGUAAGCAGUUCCGAACCAGUUAAACCUGAACCGUAUGAACCUAGUAAUGUUCUUCCUGCAUCAGUUGAACCACAAGCGCAAAAUUGCAGCAAUGCUCAUUGUAAAAAGACAUCAGAAUCUUUAAAAAUUGGUUUGGCUUUUGGGGUGAUUGGAGUUAUUGUUUCUUCGACUAUUUCGGGACUCCUUUUUGUCUUGUGGUACCGUCGUUGGAAACAGAAAACUGAAAGCACCGCUGACACUUCUGAAAACCAGCUUAGUCCUUAUCAGAUCAAACAAGCAUGCAGGAAAAGUGCAUAUCCCCUUAUAAGUGUGGAGUAUUCCAAUGGAUGGGAUCCAUUAGGCAAAGGUAGAAGUUGUUACUCUCAGGAGAUUCUCGAGAGCUUUAUGUUCAAUCUUGAAGAAGUGGAGAGCGCAACUCAUUGCUUCUCAGACCAAAAUUUGAUGGGGAAAAGUAAAUUUGCUGCUGUCUACAGGGGAAUUUUGAGAGAUGGAUCGGUAGUGAUUAUAAAGUGCAUUGCCAAGACAAGCUGCAAGUCUGAUGAAACUGAAUUCGUUAAAGGUUUGAAGAUAUUGACCUCAUUAAAGCAUGAAAAUCUAGUUCGUUUGAGAGGCUUUUGCUGUUCUAAAGGUCGGGGACAAUGUUUUCUUAUUUAUGAUUUUGUCUCAAAUGGGAAUUUGUUACGGUAUCUUGAUGUUAAGAAAGGCAAUGCUAAGGUACUUGAAUGGUCUACCAGAGUAUCCAUCAUCCAUGAUAUUGCCAAAGGCAUUGGUUAUCUGCAUGGGAAGAAAGGAAGCAAAAAUACUCUAGUUCACCAGAACAUAUCAGUUGAAAAUAUUCUUCUCGAUGCUCGGUAUAAUGCUUUACUUGCAGAUUCAGGACUGCACAAACUGCUUGCAGAUGAUGUUGUGUUUUCUACCCUCAAAGCCAGUGCAGCCAGGGGAUAUCUGGCUCCUGAAUACGGGACAACUGGUCGUUUGACCGAAAAGAGUGAUGUGUAUGCUUUCGGAAUGAUAGUUUUCCAGCUUCUUACUGGAAAACGUGAUAUCACUCAAUUUAGUCGCCAACGGGUUGAAAGUGCUAGUUUUAAAGAUAUAGUGGAUGAUAAUCUUGAAGGGAUGUUCUCAGAAUCAGAGGCAACCAAACUGGGAAGAGUUGCUUUGCUUUGCACCCAUGAAUCUCUGCAUCUCCGACCUUCUAUGGAUGAUAUAAUGCUACAACUGGGUGAUAUACAGUAG